AUGAAAGGUAUAUGUUGGAGACAACAAUGUGCAAAACCUCACCCUCUUGAGGUCGCCUCUCUCCAUCUUCACCCUGAAUACAACAACGUAGAUGAUGUAGAGUAUGACCAUGACAUCGUCCUGAUCCAUCUCCAACACCCAAUCACAUUCAAUGCUCAUAUCAUGCCACUGUGUCUGCCAGCAAAGGACGCUAAAUACCAGACUGGGCGGAAUGGCUUGGUGUCAGGAUUUGGCACCAUGGAGUUUGAUACAUCUACCAAUAACCUCAUGUAUGUUCCUCUACCUGUGGUGAACCAGACAAUCUGUAGAAAGUCUAUUGAAGGCAGAGAUGAAAGGAAAGGAAUUCCCAGUCUAACAGACAACAUGUUCUGUGCUGGGAAUCCUGAGGGAGGCAAGGACUCCUGUCAGGGGGACAGUGGAGGGGCGUACGUCCUGCGAAAAGCAGGAAUCCUUCCUGGGCCUUUCUGGGCAGCAGGAAUCGUCAGCUGGGGUGUUGGAUGUGGACAGAGUGGAAGCUAUGGGAUCUACACUCGUGUGGCUAACCACGUAGACUGGAUCAAGAAGACCAUAGAGGAGGAAGAGCAAAAAACAAUCUGUGGAAGACCCAUGGUGUCCAUAGAAAUGCACCAAAGGAUUCUGGGUGGAGAGGUAGCUCCAAAAGGAACAUUUCCCUGGCAGAUGCUUCUCAGUGUGGAAGGAGGCCGAUCAGGAUGGAUGGUCAUCGGGGACAGUUGGAUCCUGACUGGUGCAUCAACAUAACAACCAAGUCAUCAAGAAGAGUGAAGUUAUGGCAUUCGUUGGCGACAACAACGUGGAAAACCUCCUUCAGUCUCCACCUCUCCAUCCUCACCCUGGGUACAACAACACAGACGGUUUAUCCUUCAACCACGACAUUGCCUUGAUCAAGCUCCAACACCUGCUCACAUUCAGUAGUUCCAUCAUGUGGUCCUCUGUAGCUCAGCUGGUAGAGCACGGCGCUUGUAACGCCAAG